UAACUCAUCCAUUAGGAACAUUAAACAUUGAAUCACCACAAACAUCUGAUAAUGAUGCAGAUAUGAGUAAAUGAUAACUGAAUAGUUCAGAUUGAUGAGAUCUGUGGAGGGACUGAAUUGUAAUGUAAACUUGUUUGGUAGUGUCAAAAAGCAAUACUCCUCUGACAUGUUCUACAAUGUCCUCUUCGCAGUGCUGAUGGUUCUCUGCCUGGUGAAGCCUCACUUGGCUCUAAUCAGGCACAUCAAGAAGUUGUUUUCUUGGUUCUCCCGAGACUCCACACAACAAGCAGGCUGUACCAUCUACCUCCAUAAAGACAUGUCAGACAGUUAUGAACCCGUUUUCUUGAUUUAUGGAAAGCAUGGAACAGAACUAGCAAAGCCUACUCUACUGCAUAACAGAGGUGCAUUAUAUCUCAAGAAGGGACAAAACAUGAUCAUUACUUGUCCGGGCAAGUUCAACCGGUUGAACGUAGGUAAUGACCUACGGUACACGAUUUCCACUUGUGUACAAGGCAACCGGCUGCUGGUAGAAGGGGCCGAGCUGGAGGCUGCAGACCUCCAGUGUGUGAGUCCAGUUAUGUCUUCAGUAAGACUGACAGAUCGGCGAUGUGGUCAUCCUAGCGCUGCUAUGGUCGAGAUCGGCUACGAGAGUUUUGGUUGGCAUCGCCUCAUUUCUUCUUGUUAUAUUGCCAAUCGGUUAACUUCACUCUUCUCAACACAUUUUCUCAAUGGUUCCAUAUUAGCGGGUGCCAAACGAACAGCUAAUGGCCGUCCUUACUUCCAGCAUGGUUCUCAUGUACUGUACGAAGGAGUUAAUCCAGAACCACUCUACCGCAAGCAAAACCAAGAACGGGUUUUGACCAUGUUGCUCGGGGAGUUAAAAGCUCGUUACAUCUUGCGAAAGACGUUCUUGUCCCGUGGGCAUCUCGCACCGGACUGCGACUUCACUUUGGGAGCAUGGCAGGCUGCUACAUAUUUCUAUGUCAACUCAGCUCCGCAAUGGCAGAGCAUCAACUGCGGAAACUGGCGACGAGUAGAGAACCGGAUCAGAGAACUAGCCACAACUGAAAAGAUUGACCUGGUUGUUACCACAGGUACUUAUGGAAUUUUGAAACUUCUAGAUGCAAAUGGAACGUACAAGAACAUUUAUUUGGACCCAGAUAACAAGAAGUUACCAGUACCAAACUUUUUUUGGAAAAUGGUAAUCAAUCCUCUUACAAGUGCAGGAAUAGUCUUCAUAAUCAGCAAUAAUCCUUUCUUACGCAAAUCUCCUCGGUAUGUCUGCCGAGAUGUGUGUUUCUCACAUGGGUGGGUUCAACCCCUGGAAACCAACAAUGGACACAAAGGUUACGUUUACUGUUGUAGCAUCGGGCACUUCAGGAAUGUUGUGGAGUAUGCACCGGACUUUCACAGCAAGUAUAUUUUAACUUUCGUUGGAAAGAAUAAUAAUACCAGUACUAAAGAAAAAGAUGUGUCAAGACAAAAAUAUAUUGGGAGAUGACAAAAUAAAAAGCUUUUUAUUACAAAAAAUAUACCAAAUUUUGCUAUAUAAAUAGCAAAAUUUAAAUAUUUAUUUAAAAAACUACAGCCAGUGGACCUGCUCCAAACAUCUUUGUAAACUUUUAAUAUCAAUAAUUGCAUAUACUUUAACAUACUCUUUGGAGAGAUUGAUUGAAGUUAUGUAAAAAAUAAAAAUUACAUACAGUAUGCUCAGCUAAAUAGCAAGAACGUACUGUUUUCUAUCACCAUUUCAUUCUACAACUUUAAAUUAUGGAGAAAAUCGUACUACAUUGGAGAGAAUGUUUGUUGGAAGUAUCUUUCUCAGUAGAGUACACUUAUAGAAUCUGUGGUGACCAUUUUUUUCUCCUGUAAACUAGCGAUAUUACACAUAUAGUCUUUCUCCAAACUAAAAUCAUAGCUGCUAAGGAUAGAGUACCGCUAUGGUCUGAUUUUAUACCUUUUUAAAAAUCAUAAUUUAGAAAGCAAUAUUUCAUAAAUAUGAACUACCAUGUCAUAUUCGUAAAGAACUUCAUUUGUAGAAUGUUAAAAUAUGUAACACAAAUCAUUUCCACCCAUGUGGCACAUUUACCAGGUAUUUUGCUUCAGUUGACCAACAUUAUAUAAUAAACACCUUGCCAAGGUACCAGCCAUACUGAAUAUGUCUCUCCACUUAAACCAAACUUAUUUACAUAGCAAACAAUUUACUAAGUGUAAGAGCAUUUUUACUCACUUGUAUGUGCUUGGUCCAUGUUUUCAAAUAGUAACUAAAUACUCUAGAUCAGUUGGCACAUACAUAAAUCAGCUGUAGUUAUUAUAGAUAAUUACUUGGUAUUUAUUAAGGUAAUCAUGUUGCUGGAACAUAAAUUGACAAUAAGUUAGCUGUAGGUACUGAAAAUUUAAAAUUCAUUGAUACCAACUUACAAGACCAAAUUAAAAGUUUCAACAUGACACAGCCUAAAUUCAAAUGACACACAAGUAGGCCGCACAUCCCUAUAGACUGUAUGCAGUUCAGACCUUCAUCAUACACCAGAAAAAAAUUGUUUGACUCUUAAAUUUUAUGGUCUUAACAAUACCAACCGCCACAUAUUUCUUUGGCUGGUCUGUGAUGCCAAACAUAUGAUAGGACUAAUUUACAAUGAAAUAUUUUAUAGUACGGGAACAAACGUCAGUUUUUUAACCCUUAAUUUCAAACUCCCUGAAUGCUACCCAUUUUUUUGGAAGUACUGUGCUAUAAAAGACAGUUUUUCCAAGGAAGUGUUGCCCAAGAGUGUUUUGUCCAUUUUACUGUUUUUGCAACAUUUCACCUAAAACAUUAUAUUUUUAUUAUUUACGAAGCAGUAACUAUAUUUCUUUAUCCAUUUGUUCAUAGUAAACUAUUCUUACCAUAAAACGAUGACUAUUUAACAAAAGAAUAUAUUUUAAAAGUCUAUUUUUUACUUAUCUUCAAAAAAUUUUCAAAUUUUUGUCAUGAAGAAAUACAAAAAAAUACAUCAGUUUAAUUUAACAAUAUUGAAUAAAAAUCAACAUAAUUAUCUACAACCAGGACAAAUGGCAUAGUAUUUGCAUAAAAAAUAAAGUUAUAACAAGGUUUGAAGACUUCCAUUGUUACUAUCAGUAAGUAACAUCAGAUAGAUGUAAGCUCAAACGUUCAGCUGUUCACUUACACACAUUACAGAUGGUUUAUGAAAUGAAAAUAUAACAAAACACUAUGCUAAUAGGUUAUAUAUUAAAAGUUCAUUAGACCAAUAGAAAAAUGUUUUUAGCAGCACUCAACAAAUCGGAAGAGGGAAACACUUAGUCUGUAAACAUGUUUUACAUGUAAGUAGAUUUUUUCCUUUUCCCUCCACUUUUGGUACUCUGUAUACUGCACAUACAACAGUUUUUUUCUCUGACAUCAGGUAUUUUUUCAAAAUAUUUACUACUAUCAGAAUUUCUAUGGUUUUCUAAAGUGUGUUGCAAGGUUUCAAUUUGCAAAUCUGACAAAUUAGGCCUAGAAGCUUUUUGCAGAUUUAUCCAAUUCAUUGACAGUUUGUUGUUCUACUAAUUGAAUUGAAAAUUCAAGUCUAGUCAAAGGUUUAUCUGUGUUAAGGUUAUAUAAUAUGAAACAGUUUACAAUCAUCCAGGUAAAAAUAUUAAAAAUUACCUCUUUUCAAAACUUACUAGUUCUUCUGUCAUCAAAAUAUUUAUAAAGCAUUUGGUCGUCGCUCCUAUCCACUUUUCACAUAAAAUCAUUACACUCUCUAAUAAUUUUAGGCUUGUUUGUGAUAAAAUUCAGUUACCUCUUUAUUUUGCCCACCUUUCAUUUUCCGCCACUAACAAUUCUAAGCAGAUUCAUCAUAUAACAUGAAAACAUUUUUUUUUACUUCGCUGUACUGAUGGUAGUCGUGUACUAUAUUGAAUACACCAUUGAUAUAAUAGUGUAUUAGACUCUCAGCUGACUAAAACUGAAUACAAAUAUUGUAAUAAUUUAUUUUUCACACGUCUGGAAAACCGGACGUUGGCACUUCACGUGUAGUUUGCGUAACGUCCUGAAAACCGGAUUUUUUACAUAAAAUACGUUUAAAAAGUAAUUAUCUCUUAAAACAUACUAGUAAAUAGAUUAAAUUUAAAGAUAAAAAUGUCUUUUAAAUAAGUUAUAAAUUCUAUUGAUAUAAAUUGCCUUGGUGUAAUAAAAAAACUGAGGCACACAAUUAACACGUAACGCCUAGAAUGAGAAAGCCUUCACACAACUAUGUACAGGUUGUCUAAAAUUUCCCUAGCAUUACUCAGAUUUAAGCCUGUAAAAACUGUAACUUAGCCAAUAAUAUAAGCAAGAUUCAAGAUUCAAGAUUCAAGAUUUAUUUCUGUCAUUAAACUUUAACAAGCAAUAGACAAUGUCAAUAUAGUAAUUCAGUACAGUAUCAAUGUACCUAGAACACAAAUUAAUAUAGUUGCAUAACAAUGCCUACAUGUCAUAACUAUUUACAUAAAUGGUUGAUUUGUCGGAAAGUUAAAACAACAUUUACAAUAAAAACAUCUAACUGGUUUAAAACACUAAAAUAUAGAUCAGGCAUACAUGAAACAUUUACAGUACAAUAAAAUAGACAUUUUAAACAACACAUCAAUAAAACAAGGUAGCCUACAGAAAAAAAUGGGCUAGCCCGAACUAAAAGCAGUAAUGAAUUCCCUAGAUGGUAACUCAAAAAAUUCCUUAAUAUCAUAAAAUGGCCUAACCACUAGGAAACCACUAAGCAUAGCAUCCACAUGAAAAUGUGCAGAAAUGUUUGCCAUGAGAAAAAAACAACCUGCACUUCUCUUAGAGCCGUAGUCUAGUGAGAGCCGACAUGCACAAACGUCAAUCCACAGGAGAAAAUAUUACAGUAUCUCCAUAGGUACUAUGGCAUAGCCAUCAAAAAGUGUUUAUUUUAUUGUAAGGAUGUAGUCUAUUUUUUUUAAUAAGUGUUUUCAGUCAAAUCAAAUGUUCAAGUUCACUCUUAUAAACCAUUUAUAAUUUUCACUGAACUAACUCUCUGACUCUAUUAGAAUCAGUACACACCAUGAUGGAGUGAGGUGUAAGCAGUUUCAUUUUAUGUACUGAUAUGUAAUUAAAUUUAUUAUGUAAUAUGUGAUCCCUUUUGCAAAAUGCCAUACAUGUACAUUAUCUAAAAAUUUACCACAAAAAUCUAAGAAGUUUUUUGAUUCUAUUAAUAUUAAGGUAUAAGUACAAUAUAUACCAAUAUAGAUUGCAAUAGCUUUUAAAAAAAUAACGAGUAAAACAUUUGGAAAAAGUAUAUAUAUAUAUAUAUAUAUGUGUGUGUGUGUGUGUGUGUGUAAUUUAAAUAUUACAUCGAUUCAAAGUGUUUCAAAGCCAAAUUGUAGCAAUAUAUUGUCAGAAAUACACAAAAAUAUACAGAAUUAUAGGGUUCUAUAAGUAAACUUUUUAUGAUUACAUGGAAAAUGUAAAAGUGCAAAAUUUCAAGAUUUGACCUUGUUUCAGUUCCUAAGCAUGCUAGCAUUAAAAAAUUAUUUUCAUCCAAUAAUGUGUUUUUAUUACCUUUAUAUUUAAGUUACUGUAUAUCGAGUGUAUGUAUAUGAGUUAUACAAACAUAAAAAUAAAAGAAAUCUUGUCUGAUAUAAACAUGUAAACAGCAAAAGUCAUACAUAAAUUAACACAGCAAACAUGGGUUACUCCAAAUAACAGCUGGUGAAAUUAAAUAACUGACAUUUCAACAAAAUCUAAUACAAAUAAACAUGGAGAAACACAUUUUAACUAUUGUGGUUAGUAAUAGCAAUGGUACUUAUUUUUACUAGUGUUUAUCAACACAAAAUGUGACAGUGUAUGUGCAGUUCUUCGACUUGAAAAUAAAAAAGAGAAUCGAAACACGCUGUCAAGAACUGUUUAGUCUUACAUAAAAUUAUUUUACAAAUAAAAAAAUUUAAAUAUAAAACAUUUUUAAAUUUUGCUCUGAAUAUGGCCACAAAAUUGGCAAAAGAUAUUAAAAAUAUCUAAAAUCUUACCUUUUCACAAACUUUGGGCUGAAUACAAUCGUUAUAAUAAGCUUGUUGAAAAUAAAGAUUUAAAUUGAUUACAAGACCAGCCUCAAGCAAAUCCACAUGAUAUUGGUGGCGUGACCUGGCAUAUCAUAUUAACCAAACGCGCAAGUCGAAUAAUGCGUGUGGCUUUGUUAGGCCUGGAGGUCGAACCAAGGAUAUAUUAAAUGAUACAAACUUUAGAGACAAUAAAUUUGAAAAAGAAUUAUGUCUUAAUCCUAUAUGUGGUACAAACGAUGUGGCCAGAAAUGAGGCUAGCGAAGCCCUUGAGGGGUUAACUCAUACGUUAAACAAAAUCAACAUACAAAUAUUGUACUUGUGGACCUACCAAAUAGGUACGAUCUGAAAUCGUGGUCGUGUGGAAAUAAAGAGGUUAGGAAAACAAAUAUUUCUUUUGCAAGAAUUUUGUCGACGGCAUCCAAAUGUCACGCUGGUAAAAGCAAGUGAGGCAGAAAGGCAUUUUCACACCUGGUAGGGUAUGCACUACAACUACAGGGGGAAUUUAUGGCUAGCAGAAAAAAUAUCAAAAGCAAUAAACAAGAUAGGCAGUAAUGCACAAAGCCAAGCUCUGGUCAAUAUGGAGCUGAGCCUUAAUGAAGUUCACUGAACAGGGCGGUGCAGAACUUCAGGGUUCUUCAUUGAAGAGGCAUGAAGCACCCUGAACAGGGCAACGUUGAACUGCAGCAGCCCUCUUCGCUUGGUGUGGAAAUGGCAGAAAACUUGGAGGCCUCUACGGGAAACUACCAGGAAGCAACAACGGCCCGGACAACGUAGCAAACUUACAAACAUCACCUCUUAGUAUUUUACAUUUAAACACAGAGUCAAUUAAAAAUAAAUUAAACUCAAUAAACUUA